AUGUGGGUGGAAUCUCCUUAUCCAAAGCCCCUUCCACCUAUUGAAAGAAGGAUGCCAGGAAGGCCAGCCAUCAAGAGAAAGAGGCAUGUUUCUGAACAUGAGGACAAGUUUUCACAAGUAUCGUCUAAGGGCAGAACUGUCCAAUGUACAAACUGCCAGCAAAAGGGUCACAAUAAGGUCUCUUGCAAAAAUCCCAAGGUGAUCCCUGAACCAAAACCAAAGAAGAAAAUGGGAAGGCCUAAGUUAGAUCCUAAUCUUACCCAUUGGAGAAGAGUUGGAAGGGGAGGAAGAGGUGGAAGAGGAGGUGGUAAAGGCAAUAGAGGUGGAAGAGGAGGUGGUAGAGGUGAACCUAAUGCUAAGGUUGAACCUGAGUUUGAGGUUAAACCUGAGGUUGAGGUUAAACCUGAGUUUGAGGUUAAACCUGAGUUUGAGGUUAAACAUGAUGUUGUGGAUGAGGGGGAUGGAAUUGAUAUAUCAGAUAUGGAUAUAAUAGUAAGUUCCAUUCUAAAUUUGAGGUCAUCAAACUACAGUGAUGCUGAAAUAAUGUCUGUUCUUGGAAUUAAUGAAUCUCAAUUGAAGGAGUUUGGGUGUUUAAAUGUGGAAACCAAUGUUCAAGAAGAGACUCAAACAGUACAAGUGAAUGAAGAAGAGAUCAAUGAAGAAGAGGUCAAUGAUGAGGAUACCCAAGAAAUCAUGAGGAGCAACACCCAAGAAAGCACGAUGAGGAAGACCCAACAAAUCAGAAGGAGGAAGCCAUCAGAGAGGAUAACUGAGUUAAAGUUGAAGAAGCAGGUGGUGAGCAAAUUUGGGAUGACUGAAAGCACACCACUUAAUGUUGAAUAGGGCAAAUGAUUGUGAUAUGGUAGCCCUUUUUUUGUAAUUAAGUCAUUGUGUUGGCUUUAUAUAACUCUUUG